GUAGGUGCGGCAACUGCAUUUACCGUCACUGCUAUUCCGAUGAUAAUUCUAGCAAUCACAAACAUGGCUCUGUUCUGUGCAGCUGUUUGCAAGGCUACACCAACAAAGGUGAUCAAACAACUAAUAAGAAUACCACCUUUUCUCCCAACCAGUUUGAGGUCGAUGAGCUGGGAAGCAAAAAAACCUCCAACCACAGACCCGAUGUUAAUUGCAGCAGAGAACAAUCCUUCGUAGUUUGCAUCCAAGUCAAAGUAUUCUAUAUACUGGUCGAUAAUGUUUAAGUUGUUCAUCAUCGAUUGAUCCACUCCCAUGGUGGCCCCAUUGAUGGUGGCACAUAUUAUGGGCACAAGAUCUAACAAAACAACCAUUGGGAGAUUUACAAAAUUGUCGGUGUCUACCAGUAAUAUACUAAACACCAGAGAUAAGAAACAUGAUCGGAAAAUUAAUCUGCACAUCGGCUUUUCAAACGCGGAUCCCGAUCGGAGCUUCCGCCGAUUACUCAAACUGAUUACUUAAAAGCCACUAAAGCCAUUCAAAUGAAAAAUCCCCAAAAUGUCACCGCGCAAAGUCAUAAUUGACACCGACCCAGGAAUUGAUGACUCUUCGGCAUUGAUGUUGGCGUUAGCCCCAGGGAACCUUGAUGUCAAGGCUAUCACCACUGUUUCUGGAAAUUUAUUGGCAUCCACUUGCACCAAAAAUGCCAAAAAAGUAUUAUCGUUAUUGGGAAAAGCGGAUAUUCCGAUGGGUCAAGGUCCAGAAAAACCCAUAGCCCGCCCGUUUCCGCGAGACCCAUUCUUUCAUGGUUCGGAUGGAUUGGCCGAUUUGAAUAUGCCUGAUUUGGAAAAGAGCGGCUGGGAAAAUAUAUCUCCUGAGGUUGCGUACGCACCAGAUUUAAUUGUAGAUACCGUCAACCAACACGAAGGAGAUAUAACGUUCAUUGCCCUUGGACCUUUGACGAAUUUGGCGUUAGCAUGCUUGAAGGAUCCUCAAUUGCCGCAAAAAAUCUCCAAAGUGAUCAUUAUCGGAGGUUCAUUUGGGUUCAAUUCGGUUGAGGCAUUACAUGCUACUGGAGAUAAUCCAGUGAGUGAAUGGAAUAUUUACGUGGAUCCCGAAGCGGCGGAUUUCGUCUUUAAAGCCGAUUUUAAUUUGACGGCGAUUGGAAUGGAUAUAUUCUGUCAGCCGUGUAUUGCCAUGAACCAACAGCAUAGAAUUGCGUUGAAAGGUAGCAAGUCGCCGGCUGCAAAAUUUGUCAUGGGCGUUUUAGAAUUCUUGAGCAGCAGAGGCCAGGGUGAUUACUGUGCUUUGAUAGACGCUUUAGCGGUGGCAUAUGCCAUCGAUGAGAGUAUUAUGACCACGCAGAAGGUGGAUGUGGCGGUGGAGUGUGAGAGUAAAUUGUCACUCGGGCAGAUUAUUGUUGACCGCAGAAAGAACUUCAAGUGGGAAGGGUUGCCAACAAUUGACGCGGUGGAUACGGUGGAUGGAGAGAAGUACCUUGAGAUAUUGGUGGGGAGUUUUCUUCGUAUAGAGUAGAAUCGUGCAGUUGUAUCUGCUGUUAAUAAAUGUCUCAGACCUC